AUGGGCGAGGAUUUUAGCGUUUUUACGGGCAGAGGCGGUGCUGGAAACAUAGUUUCUUCAGCCGAAAAACCCUCUCCGAAAAUCGUUUCUCAAGGAUCCCAAACACCAAGUUUGUUGCAGCCCGUAUUCAGCACUGGAAGAGGAGGUGCAGGUAAUAUGCGCAAGAACGUGGAUAAAAAUCUGACUCGUCAAGCUCAAGACGUGGACGAUUUCAUACCGCCUAUUGAAGAGGAUGAUCGUAAUUUAAAUGCGGACACGGCUCUCGAUCCUUUAAAAUCGCGGAAUUCCAACAGUGCUCGUCCACUAGGAAGUAAGAAGAAUUCUUUAAAGGCAAAAAGCAGUAGACCAGAGAAUUCUCCCCAGAGCUUUAGCAUUGGAAGGGGUGGUGCUGGAAACAUUUUGUCACCUUCAAACAGCAAAAAGUCUAGAAAUGGGAGCAAAGAUCAAAAACGGGCCCAAAAUAAGGGCUUUUGGCACAGCGUCAAAAGUUUCUUCAAAUGA